GACUAAAGGGAAAUUCCCGCCAGCCGAAGCCAAUAAGAUGACCAAUAGACAAGUACAUUUAACAGGAUUUAUUAAAGCGGAAAACAGAGAUGAGCAGCUUUCACAAUAUCAGCCUGAAGAAAAAAAGGAUAAGAAGAAAAGACAACCUAGUCUGCGGGAGUUGUGGAGUUCUGAGGAUGAAGAGAAAAAACCAAAAAAAAGGAAAAAACAGAUGACAAAAACUUCAACUGUCAAUAUCUCAAAACGCCAAAGAGAUCAGAAAGUUGGCGAAAAAAGCUUAGAGAAUGAACAUGAAUUCCAUGAUCAACAGAAAAGUGGUUAUAUUCCAGAUAUAAAAGACUCACAUGUAGAAAAUAAUAUAUCAGCUGGAAAGGACAUAAAGACUAGAAAUUUUACAAAUCAGUAUGGUAGAGUUGAAAUGAAAAUGGAAGGACUACAUAGGUCUGAGUUUAGCCGUUUGUCAUUACAGGAGAAAACUGAUACAUGGAUAAACACAGACGAUUGUUACAGUUCGCAAAAUGGAAAUAAUCCUUAUGUUGAAAAGGAGGGUAACUUUCCGAAUGAAGGUGUUCAUAUAUCAUUGAAUAACAGAAAACAGUCGGAGAGGCACGAAGAAUGGCAAAAACAGCUAGAGAAUUUCAACAUGAAAUUUGAAAGCUUUAAAAAGGAGACCAAGAAAAAAAAAGUUUGA